AUGGUCACUACCUCCCAACCUAUCGCCUUCCAGUCUCCUAAUCACCCUGAUUUCCACAUGGCAUCUGGUUCAUCCACUGGUAAUAACAGUGCAAUGCCUUACUUUCUAGGCUCCCCAAUAUCAUGGCGUGCUGGUUCAUUCGGAAGCCGCUUCUACCCUGGUUGUUCCCCUGGUCAACUUCUAGGACCACUGGAUCCUAAUGAAUUCAAAUGUGCCAAGUUGUCGUCAUCUAUUGACAGCGACCGUGGUUCAAUUCUCAAUGCUCUCGGUGCCUUCGACAGGGACGAUGAAUUGUGUCGCAACUACACAUGCUGUGGUCUACAGCUAGAUGACCUACAUGCUCUCCUACAGCAUUUCGAGGAGAUCCACGUUGUCGUGCUUGACCCGUUCAGUCACCCUCAGUUCCCAGUCGUCCCUCCUUUACCUCAGUCUAUUCAUAACGCAACUCCCUCUUACUUCUCAGACCAUCAUCAGCACCCUUCGUCUUACCACCAAGGUGGCUUCGACCCAGAUGACAUGGAACUUGAUGUCGAUCAGGGUAGUACGCCUUCGUCAAACGCACCAACACCCCCUGACACCCCCCUUACCACCCCACUGUCGUCACAUCCUAGUCAUUCGUUUAACCACUUUGGUCAAUCGAAACCUGCCUCUCCGCAUCUUCCCGUGUCGGCAUUUGAUACGACAACCGUACUCCCUUCCCGCUCCGUUCACGGCUCGGCAUUCCCACCCUCUCGAAACGGUCUCCCAAAUGUGGCAAAUGCCCCCGAUGCGUUUAAUGGUUACGCGGGCUACUCCGACUACUCAUCCUCAAUGCCUGGCACUGUUCCUUCCCCACCUGCCAGCGAUGAUCUUCAUGCACCUAUCACACCUGUCAGUGAACCGGGUAGUCCCUACGGCUGCCUUCCUCCUGCCGUAGUAUUCUCCACAAGCAAUACUCCUGCCAACACUCCGUCAGCCUCUCGUGUUCCGUCUCCAGCAAGCGCCUCGCACCACCCCGCGCCCUCCGCGGCCAUGCCUCAACCGUCAGAUUCCCCUGCUUCUUUCCCGUCACAGCAAGCCAAUCAGCGUGCCAGUACCACGCUCUCUCGCCCUGCAUCAUCAUUGCUAUUAUCCAAGCCCUUCCGUUGUCCUAAGCCUAAUUGCAACAAGAGUUACAAGCAAGCUAAUGGGCUCAAAUAUCACAUGACCCACGGCAGCUGUAACUUUGCACCGCCUAAGGACCUCGAGCAAGUACAGGCACUAUUGGCUAGCAAGCGGUCUGCCCGCGAGGCCGCCGGGCAGGAAGAUCAGGGUAUCACCGAAGGCGAGAUGCGCGAAGUCGAACGGGAAGCAGAACGCAGGCUUCGGCCAUUUGCUUGUGGUGUCAGUGAUUGUCAGCGCCGAUACAAGAACAUGAACGGUUUGCGGUACCACUAUCAGCAUUCGGGUGACCACGGUGCAAUUGGCUUAGCUCUCCUGGCCAGUGGACAACACGAAUGUUUACAGCAUGCUCAUGGACGAAGUAGCAGUGCAAGCUCACGGCAUUCAACGCCAGCAACGAGUGGACACUCGACGCCAGUGAGCGGACACUCAACACCGUCAUAUGCUCAACAAUAUCAGCAACAAAUGCUUUACUCCUCCGCACAGCAGCAGUACUUGCGCCAGCAGCAGCAGGCCCUGCAUGCGCAAGUGCAUAUGGGCUAUCAUGCUGGCUCUGCCGAAGGUGUCCCUAUCGUUGCCCAACACUGA